UAUCAAUUGGGUCUUGCAAGUUGCAAAUAUGAUGAUUUUAUGAUUCAUCCUCUUCUUCUUCCCAUGCUCAACUCUCUUAUGGGUUCUCACAUUUGGCUGAACAUGGAAACCUGAAUUCCAUUUCUCACAGAAACAAUUUCACUCCAUUGAAUUCCUCUUCUCAUCUUUCCAGACAAUAUUUCUCACUUUUGAAGAAUAAUCGUGAAAAGACAUUAAGGAGCAUUAAAAAGCUUGGAAUAGAAGGCUAAAUCAAGCUCACCAGUGAUGGAUUUGCUCACUAUAAACCCCUGGUGGAGGACCAAACCGGGCAAUCUAUCUGCAGCCUACCUAUCCUUUGGAAAUUCUACUUUUACAUGUAGGAAGCUUACUGGCUCCUAUGAUUUACCUGUUCUCAUAUCCGCCAAACUACGCAGAAGAUUUGGCGCUUCCAUAAGGGCCUUUGCAGGUCAGAAAGUGGUUAAGAAGUUGAGAAGGAAAGGAAAAACACAAAAAGAUGUGACGUCACCACCUAAUAAGCCUCUCUUCAAUGAAGAUGAUGGGCAAGCAGAUAGGCCUCCUUCAGGAGAUGAUUACAUUCAUGACAACAAUCAAACAUCCUCUUUGAGCAAUUUGGAUGCACAGACUGCAGUUGCCAUCCCAACCCGGAGUGCUGUGCUUCAAGCGUGUAUCGUUACUUCUGGUUUAAUUGGUGCUUUGGGUGUUCUAGUUCGACAGGUUUCCCAUGUUGCAUCAACAGAAGGAUGGCCGAUCAUUGACUGCUCUACCACACUAUCAUUUGGUUUCGAGUUGUGGCAUCUUGAGUUAAUAACAGGAUUAGUUAUACUGAUAUCGUCAUGCCGAUACUUAUUACUGAAGACAUGGCCGGAUUUUGCCGAGUCUAGUGAAGCAGCCAAUUCACAGGUCCUUACAUCACUCCAACCUUUUGAUUAUAUAGUUGUAGCAAUCCUGCCCGGAGCUAGUGAGGAACUUCUUUUUCGUGGUGCAUUGUUACCGCUUUUUGGAAUCAAUUGGACGAGUGCCUUGGUAGUUGCUGCAUUAUUUGGGGUCUUGCACUUGGGCAGUGGUCGAAAGUACUCCUUUGCAGUCUGGGCGACAUUUGUGGGGUUUGUCUAUGGUUACGCUACAAUAGUAUCAUCAAGCAUCAUUGUACCAAUGGCCUCCCAUGCAGUGAAUAAUCUAGUUGGAGGCAUCAUGUGGCGCUACACAUCAAAACCAUAAAAAUAGAUCAGGUAUAUUUUUACACCAGAUGGUGUACAUAGUAUUCAGUGUUGAUAAUUAGACAUCCACACAUCCUCUCGUUUAAUUUCUUCCAUUAAUUUGUAACUUUGAGGGAACCUGAGAUCUAAGAGCCAAAAAAAAAGGAACCUAAAUCCCACAUAGCCUUAGCCAUCAAAUGGAGUUGGCUCUCCACCUCGACUACCAACAGAUCUGAAACAUGAGAUGAGCAGGCAUACAUAACAUUGGUUGUCUCUUGAAUUGGGAGGUCUUUGGUCAUAAAGAAAAUAAGUCUUCAUUACAACCCUAUUUUCUUAUUUUUAAAAUUUCAUCUAGAAAAGCAACAAACUUUCAAGCAACUAAAAGUUAAACAAAACUCCCACUGAAUCAUCUUUCAGUCCUAGAAAGUCGGAGUAGAUUUAUAAUAUGGAAAAAAUGUAUUUUGGAAUUGAGUUAUGUGAAGAGAGCUAUCCCACAUUGACAGUUCAGGUACACCCAAGAUUGAUUUGUAUACUUGAGGGACCACUCCACUUAUUGUCAAUUGAUUUUGGGUUGGUGGGCCUAGUGUCUCCCUUCUUUGUAUUCCUUGGUCUGGUUAGCCUGGGUCGGAAAAGUACUAGGUUUCUUGGUCCUGAAAGUCCAUAAUUAAAACCAACCAUAAAAGAGGCAAAGGAUCAAUAUCCCAUGCACUUUGUCUUAAUUGCUUUCUAAUCCACAAUAUCAAUGGCAGAUUUACUGAAUUUUCCAUUAUUUUUGAAUGUACCAUCCAGAUUCACCAAAUUUGUUCCAGACUAUUAAUACUCAUGUAUCCUUAAUGCUUUGGAUCCCUUCCAAGAUUUGAUCCCUAAUUAAUUGGAAUGGUUGGAUGAAUGGAUCCCAAAAGAAAAAGUUAAUGGGACCCAAUAGAAAGAAUUAACGGGAUCCAGUGAUCCAAUCUUUAAACUUGAUUUGGGAUGUAAAGUUUGGAAAGUGUUUUGGGAAAUGAAACUGUGCUGCUUUUAUAUAUGUGCAUCUGGAUGAACUGCUAGAACAGACACAUUAAAGAGUACUCAAGAAAACUACCCGAGUUUGUGCUCUCUUGAAACCAUGAGCAAAUUUGUGAUAGUAAUCUCUGUGCUAAUUCUUGUGGCCUGUGUGGUCCAGAUUGAGGUCGAGGGUGCCACUGGUCGUCUCCCAUUUAUAGUCAAUAUGCAAGAUCUUUCACCAGAUGACACAGUUGUUGUAUACCAUAAUUCAUCCUCCCUUGUUGAACUUUCCAUAUUUUUCUUAUAUAUAAUGAGUUAUUACUGUCCUUUGCCUUCGAAAAUAUGCCCUCAACUGUCACCUUGGCUACAAUUAAUGUCCAGUUGGUGCUUAGGAUUAUCACUUUGCUACCUAUAAGUGCUGAGCAGACAGAUUUAAUCAUCUGAUCUGACCUGCAAGUGUAUUACAAAGUAGCAUCUACUGGAUUUGUUUCUUUUUUCGAGAUGGAAUGGUGCUUGACACUAUCAUUUUUUUUUGUUUGGGGGUGGGGGGUGGGGUUAGUGGUGUUAUUCUCAUUGAGAUGGUUAUAGAUUGUGAUUGUGGUCUUACUUUAUGAUCAACUUGGACUGACAAUUUUGGCUUCUUUGAUUGUGGAGCAUGCAUCAGCCGCUACCAAAUUGCUUGUUGUAAAUGCGAUGUACGUGUAGUACCUCCCCGCUGUAUGCAGUGCUGUCGUGAAGAAUGAGCUUAGUAGUCGAUGCCUAGGAUCAUGUUCUAAAUAAGGAUCCCUUUCAUACUGAAAAUGUAAGAAAUGUUGAAAUAAAUGCAGUCUUACAUAUUUA